GAAAGAAAGAAGCGGAGUUGUCUUGCGAAGCUUCUCUACUCCUUCCCCGCAACUUUUGUCCGCUUCGGUUAAGCGGGCGACGGUUGGGGGGCCAGUGUUUGGCUGAAGGAGCAGCUGGAUGAUUCUUCCAGCAAGUGACGUGCCCUCGCGGAGAAAAAGGAAGAACCAGAGACUACUCCAGAUGACCGCCAUUUGCUGUUUGUGAGACAAGGGGCAUAAAAGGGGCAGUCUUUGCAGUCGUUUUACCCCAGAUAUUUCCCUCACUCUCACCUCUCUCCUCGACGCCUUCUUCUCACAAUGAAAAUCUCCGCCACCGUCGCGGCCAUGGCGGCCAUUGUCGUCGGGCAAGCUUCUGCCUACCCCUUCUUCAUGUUCCCCGAGCUGCUCGGCAAGGACGCCAUGUCCCGCAGCUUCCUCGAAAACGUCGACCCCGAGUUCCUCAAGCGUGCCGGUGUACCCACCCUGGCACCAUACCCCGACAACUUUGGUAUCCCCAAGGAGUACAUCUUCGACGAAAAGCUUCAGUUCGUCGACCUGACGGGUGAAAACGAGUGGCGUGCGCCUGGCCCCGACGACCAGCGAGGCCCAUGCGCCGGCCUCAACGCCCUUGCCAACCACGGUUUCAUCUCACGCGACGGUGUCGUCGACCGUGACGAUGUCAUCAACGGCAUCCACAAGGGUGUCGGACUCUCGCAAGACGCCACCGUGAUCCUCGAGGCGCUCACGUCGUUCUUCAACGGUGACCCAGUCAGCGGCAAGUGGUCUAUCGGCGGAUACUCUCCCAAGGUGGCCACCCUCGGUCCACUGCAAGAGGGCCUCCUCGGCAAGCCAGCCGGUAUCUGUGGCCUUGGCCACCUCCGCUCCGAGGGUGAUGCCUCCAUCACCCGAGGCGACUUCUCCCAGCCAACGGGCAACAACAACAACUGCCGCUCGUACCCGCAGUACGCCAAGGAGCUCAUGGAUCUUGCCCGCGAAAAGUACCCCGAAGACGGUCGCAUCACACCAUCGAUCCUUGCUGAGCACCAGCACCGCCGCAAGCUCUACUCGAUCGCCAACAACCCCAACUACUUCAGCCCGCCGUACGCAGGAGUUGCAUUCACGCCCGCGGCCCACCACUUUGUCUUUGCUCUCAUGGCCAACAAAUCCGAGGAGUUCCCCCAGGGCUACCUCUCGCCCGAGAACUUCAUGUCCUGGUUCAGCUACACGGGCGACCCGCAGGGCGAGAUCAGCUACACCUACGGCCACGAGCGGAUCCCCGCGCCGUUCUACAAGCGCCACCCGCUGUUUGAGUGGACGUUUGCCGACAUUCUCGCCGCCCUCGCCCAGCAGAUCGAGGCCUUCCCCACCACGAUGGCCGUCGGCGGCAACACGGGCACCGUCAACUCCUUCUCUGGCGUCAACAUCGGCGACCUGACGGGCGGCGCCGUGACGGCCAUGCACGAGCUCACCGACCCGGCCAAGCUCUCGUGCUUCCUCAGCCAGGCCAUCCAGUCGAGCACGCCGACAUUCAUCUCCAACAUCAGCCCUGCUCUGCAGCAGCAGUUCCUCGAUGCGUCCGUCGGAAAGCUGUUCCCGGCCCUCACGGCGGCGUUUGGCGAGUGCAACGACUUCCUCAGCAAGAAGGGCCGUGCCAUCGAGUCGUACAACGGCACCUACCCGGGUGCUACGGCCGAGCUCCACGACUCGAGCAGGGAACUCUCUCCUAGCCCUUAAGGCCGUGCCAACAGACCUUUUGUCAGUCAACGCAUAAUUAACUGUACUUCUUACCGACUCUUCGAUUCCUUACGCCCACUGCAAUAGUGAUGGCACAUGAUGAUAC